AGACGACGUUAACUCAAACGCCGCAUUUGGGCAAGUCCGCCAAGGAAACAUGCAUACUCUGAGACGCGGCGUAGUUCGCAUUGCGGGCGGGGUUAACAAGGGAGCCAUCUCAGAUGCUAGAUCAACGAACGCACUCAGGUGUAGGGCGAGAUGACGCACUGUCCACUGGAUCUCAUGUUGGCACAUUUACUUUCCUCUCUGUACACAUCAUCUCCUUCGUCUCGUAACAUAAUGAAGCUGUUUCAUCUUCUUUUACUUCUUGCACCACUGUCCUACUCUCACUUCGUCCCAGCAACUCAUCAGGCAGCGCUCGUCGACCGGGACCAUUACGCCGAACGCGAAAAGGUUCCCGGCGACAAUCCAGCAUAUUACUCUCGUGAAAAAGCAGCCGACCAGCUCUUCGAAAUACUCGAGUUCACUAUAGCUCCAAAUCCACCGAUUGUAGAGCACCGCAUAUUCUUCUACCUCCGUGGCGACACAGGAACCCGGCAUCUACCCGGACUCGCUGACGCGACACUUAAGCUCUAAGUUCAUCGAGCCAGUUCCGAAGACGAGCCCAAGUACAGAAAUGAGAAGAACAUCUCAGAUUGCAAACCAUUUACCGUAAGGGAUGAAGAUGAUUAUACCUACGGCAGGCCGCUAGUCCAGGGAAUCAAUGAGAUAGUUGGCGAUAUUAUGCUCCUAGAUUUUGGACCCGAUCAUG